AGGGCGCUAAUGCUCAAUGGAUGUCUCCUUCUUUCUACUAUAGUCGGCCUGCUACUUCGGUUUUGUUGCCUAGUCGACCGGGCAUGGAACCACAACGUGCUCAAUGGGAUCACCCUAGUACAUCCAAAGACGUGGUAUCGCGUUAUUUGAAGUACAAGAUUCAGCGGUUAUCGCCCAAGGCUACCCCUCAAAAAAUGAGACAUGUUUUACAGCGCUUUUUGAAGAGCAUGAUUGCUCGCAAUGAUAAGGCUGCUUAGUCAUUAGAUGAAUCAAAAAUGCCCAACCUCUUUGUACAUAUUCCCAAGUCUAUAACCAUACCAUACGAUAUAUUUUUUUCCCUUUCUUUUUCCUCUCAUUUCUAUCGCUGUCUUUGCUCUUUAUUACCCUCCGAUUUUUCUGUUUUGUUUUUGUUUCUACAACUGCUCAUAUAUAAAAGAAGCAUAGUUAGGCGCAUCACUACACGGAAAAGUUUUUUUUUUCCGCAGAACAAGUCAUUUGUGACAAAACGUCGAUUACGAUAGAUAUUUACAAAUUAAUAUUAUUGCAAUGGUCAAAAUAGAUUUAC